UUCAGUACUUAAGAUAUCUGUAUAUGGCUUCUAUGAACAACCAAGAAGCCUCCUCUUCUUCUGCUACUUCAGAUUUCAUCCCUUAUUCAUGGACAUAUGAUGUCUUUCUGAGUUUUCGUGGUGAGGAUACACGCUUUGGUUUCACAGGCCAUUUGCACAGUGCUCUGCUUCGAAAGGGAAUCAACACCUUCAUAGACAACGAUCUUACAAGAGGUGAGGAUAUAGCACACUCGCUUCUCAAAGUCAUUGAAGAGUCAAGGAUCUCUGUCAUUGUGUUCUCCGAAAAUUAUGCAUCCUCAAAGUGGUGCUCGGAUGAACUGCUUCACAUUCAUCACUGCAAUGAGUCGAAGCAACAAAUGGUGAGGCCGAUCUUCUACAAGGUGGAUCCUGCUGAUAUAAGAUACCAGAAAGGCAGUUAUGGUGAAGCAUUGGCUAAGCAUGAAAGGAGAUUCCCAGAUAACUUGGAAAAGGUAAGAAGAUGGAGGAGAGCACUCACAAGAUCAGCAAAUUUGUCUGGCUGGCAUUACAAGGAGCAUGAGUAAGUAUAUUUAUCAUUUAUUUACUACUGGUAAUUUCCAUUCUGUUAUACUAGUUCAUAGUACAUAGAUAGAAAAUCCCUAAAUGUACAAAAUCCUAAACCAUCAAUAGUGUGAUUGAACCAAA